AAAAAUUGCAGAAUCAUGGAGCAAGAAAUAACAGAUUGACACCAAACGUCUAAACAGUGAAUAACUUGAUUUAACGAAGCUGUAAGGUAACUUGGCACCUCUCCACAUUGGCAGCAAAGACUUCAUCUGGUGAGGCCACUUCUACAUCAUCAUAUUGGUUCAUCUGUUAUAAAAAAAUUGUAAGAUGUCUACAAACUGCUUUCGUGAGAUUAGUUCCAGUGGACCAGACAAUAUGUCUGAUGAUACUAAACUAAAUAAGACUCGGACUCAGAGAGGCAGUUUGGAAACAGAUGCAGUUGUUUUUAAUGAUGAGCGUCUUAGCUGUAAACUCAAACAGGUCAAGAUUGAUUCUUCACACAGCACCGAUGUAGAUGACCAACAGAUACAACCUUCUGAAGCACAACUAGAGGAGAAUCAUCCAGGUACCAAGACACCUGGCUCACCUGCAGGAGGAGCUGUUGGUGGUAGUGCGAAUGCAGAAACGACACACAAAGAAUCACACAAAGAAUCACUGCCUCCCACCACCAAACCUAAAGUCACCGAUGAUGCUACAUCUCGGGCGCUUCAACAAGACCAAGUGCCUCGCACGCCAUCACCAAUCCAGGAGACAGCAGCUCAACCACCGCUAAAACCAAUCGCCCAGAAACCUCCAGAAGAAGAUGAUGAACAUUAUGACAUUUUGCUGCUGUACAGUGAGCACGACCAUAGUGUAGCCAAGCAGUUCCUUGGUGUUGCAAAGAAAGCAAACUGGAAAGUUGCCACAUCUAAUGAUUUCCUCCCAAAUCGAACCAAAAUCAAAUCUUUUGAAGAUGUGUACCAGAAUAGUUCUUACACUGCUCUUCUUCUUACUUCUAAGUUCUUUGCAGAUGUUUGGUGUGAUAGUCGCUAUCAAGGAGCACUUACACGGGCAAUAGAAGACCCUAAAAAGAAAGACACAGUGAUCCCAAUUAUUUGUCAGGAUCAAGGCCUUGAGAUGCCAGUAAUGCUGAGUUCUUUAAAUGGGGUCAAUCAAAGCAGUACUUUAUUUGCAGACAGAUUGAAAAAAUGUAUCAAAGUAGAAAAGAGAUUGGAAAGAGAAAAAGCAGAGAGAGAAAAACAAACAUAAAUUGGGACUACACCAAAUUUGUUUUAAGUACUGUUUAUCAAAAACAAGUCAUUCAGUUUGAGUCCAUAUAAACGUAUGUAAUACAUGUAUAGAUAAUUAAAUAAUUGCUAGAUGUUAAAUUUGCAUCGGGGAUAAAGAAUAUUAAUUUUGGUUUUUACCCAUACACCGAUGUGUGUUAGCAC